CGUGAGUCUCGUGAGUACAUGUCCGUUCUUGUGCGAUAUACUGACCUACUGCGCAUGCUCGCCGAACUCCCGGAAGUUUUGGACUGUACUGGCUGCGUGGAGACGGAGGAGUAAGCUCCAUGACCCGCUUUGACCUGGUGCCGGUGGACGGAGGAGAACCGGUCCACGUGCCGCCCGGGGAGACGGUUCUGGGCCGGGGUCCGUUCCUCCGAGUUGGUGAUCGCAGAGUGUCCAGACAGCACGGACUCCUGGAGAACGUGGACGGACGGCUGCGUCUCAAGCCGACUCAUCUUAACCCCUGUUUCAUCCAGACGUCUCUGGCCGAUGACCCCCGCCCCCUGGAGAAGGGCCAGUGGCACCUUCUCCACCAUGGGGACCUCUUCUCUCUGCUGCCGGGACAGCUCAUCUUCCAGGUGGAGGUUGUGGACGAGGACCCUGCCACCCCCAGAAACAGCCAGGUAUUUGAGGAGCAGGAGGAAGGAAGAGCACCUCCUGCUGGCAGAGGAGAGCAGGAGCAGACUCCUCCAGCCGCAGGCACCCAUCAGCCGGUGCCCGAUACUCCAAGCAUCUGUCCAAAACAGCAGGGAGAGUCAUCUGAAAAGGCAGUACAGGAGGAGGAGAAGAAGGAGGUGAUUGUUGCUCCGGCUGAACCCAGAAAGAGAGUUUUACCAGACUGGAUGAUGGCGGCUGCGACCGGAAUUUCAAAGAAGCCUGCGUUGACUCCGAAAGUUCAGAAACAGAAAGCCACCACAUCUUCAGCCAGCAGGAAGCCAGCACGGGCUGCGCCCACUCAAACCUACUCAUCCCCGGAGGAGGAGCAGCCCAGCAUGGAGGAGAGGCCGAGGAAGAAGAGGAGAAGUCAUGACGAAGAACCUCCUCGGACAAAAUCAGACGUCCCCUCACACACAUCUGCCACUGAGUCUCACCACUCUGAGGAUGAAGAUGACGUCUUUGCCGGCAUGCCUGCCACUUCCAGGCCUGCCGCUUCCAGGCCUGCCACUUCCACAGCUGCCACUUCCACAGCUGCCGCUUCCAAGCCUGCCACUUCCACAGCUGCCGCUUCCACAGCUGCCGCUUCCACAGCUGCCGCUUCUAAGCCUGCCACUUCCACAGCUUCCACUUCCAAGCCUGCCACUGUGAAAACUAACGGCUCCGUGCAGACACGUGACACCGGAAACACGUACCAGAACAAGCCACCUGCCAGCUCCACGUCUGCAGCUGCAACCAGCGUCAGGACGCCAUGUCCGUAUGGGAGGGACUGCUACAGGAAGAACCCGCUUCAUUUUCAGGAGUGCAGUCAUCCAGGAGACGCCGACUACCAAGAGGAGGAGGAAGAGGAGAAGGAAGAGGAUCGGCCUGAGUGUCCCUAUGGUACCGACUGCUAUAGGAAAAACCCUCUUCAUAGGAAGGAGUACAAACACACACAGACACCUUCAGCUCAGCCCACUCCUGCUUACCCCAGAAAGGGUUAUGAGGAAGAUGACGAUGAGGAGGAGGAUGAGGAUGAGUAUGAAGCCAGCUUCAUUGAUGACGAGAGCUUGGACGGAGAUGAUGACUCAGACUACAUCCCGCCCCCUGACUCUGAAGAAAGCGUGCGGGAGGAUUCGCAGCAUCUGCGGGAAGAGGCGCAGAGUCUGCGGCAGGAAGCGCUUGACUUCCUGAAGAGGAGCAAGUAGCUCCCUGUCCUCCACAGGAAGCAGGCUUUAUUUUGAAAAGACCACAGGAAGUCUGCUGCACUUUUCUCUGCUUGUGUCAAAGAACCUUUUAAUUUCGAGAACAUAAUUUUAUAUCAGAGCAGCUUCCUGUCAAACAGAGAAACAGCCACAGUGAUCAUUUUGAUGUUUGCUAUGUUCAAUUUGUUUGUUUCUGUUGUUUUAGCCGAUGAACAGCUUUCUGAUGUUUACUUGUAAUGAAGUAUUUCUUUAAAACACUUUAAAGGAGGCGUCAUUGAUGUUAGAUGACCAGUGAGGUCUGAAAAGCUGCAGAACUUUGAAUGUGAAUGUGGGUCUGGACCUGGACCCCAAGUUGCCUUGGUAGCCAUCCAAAGAAAUUAGAUUUCAGAUAGUUCUGCUGUUUUUUGGUAAAGGAUGAAGAUCAAAGUCCACAUUCUGUUUCUUGAGUUUCAGAUGGAAACUUUGAAGAAUAGCUUAAAUUAGUACUACUCAGAAUAGGAUAGAAUAGAAUAUACUUCAUCAUUCUAAGAGGGAAAUUCCUUAGCAUACAGUCUCAACUUUUAAGGUUCAACUUAAAACCUUUUGAUAAAGUUUCCAGUUAGAGCUGGUUCAGGCCACUCUGAAUCAUUUUCUAGUUAAGCUGCUAUAGGCUUAGACUGCUGGGAGAUCUUCUUUCCUUUUUUGAUCUCCAUCCAGUAAUAUUUCACUAUUAGAUGACACUACGUUCUCCAGCUCUUCUGCAUUUUGUUCUCUCUCUCUCUCUCUCUCUCUCUCUUUCAAAUGUCCUUUCCAUCAUCUAAAUUUUGUCAUGUGGAAUUGUUGGGGUUUCUCUCUAAAAGUGCCUAGAAAUUAUUGUUUUGUAUUUGGCUCAUUAUAAAUAAAACAACACUGAAUUGA